AUGUUUCAGCGCUUGCGCGACGCAAUCGAUUCGCGGAUUGCAGAAGAACAAGCUCGUCAACGGUCUGCUCAAACUUCACUUUCGCGCUCCAACUCCGCUCGUCAUCCCACGGGUCGCAACUUAUCUCCGACAAGGCGAGCCUCUCGUCCUCGGCGAAACACUGGUACCCCUGUCCGUGGCCCUGAUCCCAACGAGUUCGAACCGGAGUUCGCCAUCGGAGAUGAUGAAGGUUCCAGCAGAUCUGCCACUCCGCGUCUGGAGUCGGCAGGUGGCUCCGAAGCUGCCCCGGAGGAGAACGCCGGGGAGGGGAAGACGUCUUCUGAGGAGUCCGCAACCAAGAAGCCCGAGGCUCAGCCUGUAACUGAGACGAACCAGUCACCGUCUGAGCUCCCGCCAGAGAUUCGGGUAAAACUGCGAAGGUUGGGCAAACUUGAAUCCCGUUAUCAAGAUCUCCUUAAAGCGUACCGCAUGGCCCAUUUGCGUGUCCUGUCGAUCGAACCAUUCGAAGCUGCCCUGCGAGAGAACACCCCCCUGACGUCGAUCAGCGAACCGAAAGCCUUGACAGAGUACUUGAAUCAGAUCUCGUUGAAAGGUGACCUGGUGACCGAGGAAUUGAAACGUGUAACAGCAGAGCGGGACGACUACAAGAAGAAAUUGGAAGAGUCUCAGAAAUCCACCAAAGCCGCUUGGGAUGAAGUUACAAAACUCAAGGAGGAUAGCAAAUCCCAAGCCAAGAAAGACGAAGGGCCAGCUGCCGAGAGCUCCGCUACCGACGAAUCUACACCCGAUAGCGCUACGAAGUCCGGGAAGUCGACCACUUCUGGCGCCAAGGAUACUGCGGAGACGUCUCCGAAGGAGUCUGGGGCACAGGGUGAUAGUGAGGAGUUCUUCUCAUAUGACAGCGAAAUCCCGCGACUGGAGUCAGAACUGAAGGAGAAACAGGAGGAAAUUGAGACUCUGAAGUCCCAGACAGAGUCGCUCAAGCGCGAUUUGUCAGUAGCCCGCGAGUCAACGGAAGGCAUGGUCCAUAACCUGGAGUCCGCUACCCGGGAGCUUGUUGAGUUGCGCGACACUAAGGACAAACAGGAUGCGGAGUUGGAGAAACUCAAAACCUCUAAUCAAGAGGAAGUUGAGGAGCUUAAAGCCAAGCUCGAAAAAUCAGAAGAGGCUGUGGCGAAGACAAGCUCCGAAAUCGAAAACUUGAAAUCCGAGCUCAAGCAAAAGGCCGAUGAGAUCGAGCAACUCCAGGCUCAGACUGCUCAAGCCAAGAGCGCUGAUCAGCAAGCAGAGAUUGAAUCAAAAUUGGAACACUUGAAUCGCGAAAAGGAGGCCAAUGACCGGCGUCUUGGGGUCCUACAAGGUCUGGUUGACAGUCUGCGGUCCCAGCUCAAGGAGACGGAAGAAACAUUUACCUGUCUCAAGACUGAAAUGGGACAGAAGACAGAAGAUAUGGGCAAACUACAGAAUGUUGUCAAUUUCCUGGAUGCUAAUCUCAAAGAUAACGAGAAAUGGAAACAGACCAAAGACCAAAUUGCGAAUGGAAAGGAAGCAGCAUUUGAUGAACUUCGCGAGAGUCUGGCUCCUUCACCACAAACUGCAGCAGUGAAAGAGGACUCCGCCGGACCUACAGCACCAGCAGCGAACCCCGCAAGCGGUGCUGGGGGAGGCAAGAAGAAGAACAAAAAGAAGAAGAAGGGAGGCAAGGCGAACGAGGAGGCCAACAAAGUAGUUGAAGCUGCUCCUGCUGAGGAGAAGCAAGAAUCGGCAGAGCAAGAUGAUCAAGCAGCCUUGAAGCUCACCGAGCUGGAGCAGAACAUCGAAUCGCUCAAAACGCAGCUGGCUGAGAAGGACGCUACCAUUGACCGUCUCUGCUCCAGGAUCAAGGGAGAGGAGGAUUUGAAAGAGGAAAUCGAAACCCUACGCGAUGACUUACUCAAUAUCGGCCAAGACCAUGUUGAAGCCAAGGAUAAGGUGAAGGAGCUAACCGCCGGGAAGAACGCGCUGGAGGAGACGAUAUCCAAGCUGGAGAAGGAACUGACAGAUUUGCGGACGAGUAAUGAGUCUAGCAAGGUUGAUACCGAGAAGGCACACAAUGACCUGAAGGACGAAUAUGAGAGCCUCAAGAUCAAGUCUACUACACUGGAGACUGAGCUUUCAGCUGCCCAGCAGCUGGCUGCCACGCGGUUCAAGGAUAUGACAGAACUGCGGGAGACUCUGCAGAAACUGCAACCGGAAGUGAAGAAGCUACGGGCCGAGUCCGCGGAGCUGAAGUCGACAAAGGAAUCCUUGAACAGCAAGACAGCCGACUUGCGAAACCUGGAGGGGCAGCAUGACGAAUUGCGCGCAGAGCUGAAGUCGCUGAAGUCUACCAUAUCAGAAAGGGACGCAGAAGUCAAGUCUCUCAAUCAGAAGAUCAGACAAGAGACGGACAGCCGUCUGAAGAGCGAGGAGAAAUUGACGGUCGCCCAAUCUGAUUUGCGAUACUCAGAGAGCAAAAAGCAGGAAGCUGUGGAGGCAAAGGAGAAGCUGGCAUCGGACCUGUCCAAGGCUCAAGAUGAGCUCAAGGCAGCUCGGGCCCGGCUCCGCGAAGCUGAGAGCCAAGCUGCUCAGUUGAACAAGGAUCUUGGCGGCCUGCGAGAGGAGAUCCAGCUGAAGACUGCACAGCAUGCCAGCGCACAAAGCUUGAUGAAUAGCAUGCGCGACCAGGCUGGGGAGUUGGGCAUGCAGAUGAAGGAAGCCCGGGAGCGUUGUGAAAGCUUGGAAGAAGAAUUAGCGGAUGCUCAUCGCCUGCUGAGCGAACGGACUCGGGAGGGCGAGACCAUGCGACGUCUUCUCAAUGAUAUUGACGGCCGCGCAGAGGCUAAAGUACGGGAUUUCAAAGAGCGCAUGGAGGCUGCCAUCGAAGAACGCGACAGGGCUGAGGAUGAAGCAAGUGCUCAGAGUCGCCGCCGGGCGCGUGAGUUGGAAGACUUGAAGGGCAAGCUGCGCGAAGCGGAGCGAGCCUUGCGUACUGUGGAGGAGGAUAAGGAAGAGCUGGAGCAUACUCAGAAGGACUGGAAACGCAGACGGGAUCAACUCGAGGCCGAGUCGGAGAAGACCACCCAAGAACUCAGUGAUCUACGACAGGCUAUGGCACGGUUGCGGGAUGCAUUGGACGAAAGUGAAAAACAAGUCCGUGAUCUGGAGAAGGAGAAGGCCGAGUUACGCCGGUCCGUGGAGGAGACCAACGCGCGCCUAGAAAAGGUCCGCAAGUCCAACAAGAUGCUACCGGAUGAGAGUCGUUUCGGUCCCAAUCCGCAGUCAUCCAGAUCAUCCAUCGAUUCCGGAUCACGCAAAGCGCUGGCCUCUCCAGUCUCCAAAGACCGCAGUCCGUCAACCCGGAGAAGCGAGACGCCAACCGGGCCUAAUACAUCAUCCAUCGAUUACAUCUACCUGAAGAAUGUUCUACUCCAGUUUCUGGAGCAGAAGGACAAGAACUACCAGAAGCAGCUGGUGCCUGUCCUGGGGAUGCUGCUACAUUUCGACCGGACCGAUGAGCAAAAGUGGAUGGCGGCCAUCACCUCACGCUAG